GCGAGCGGCGCCCGUCCGUCUGGCGUUGCCCGUCGAGCGAACAGCUGAUCGACCAAAACAAAAGCCUCGGAGGACAAAGAGUUCAGUCGACGUCCUCCUUCAGCUGUGUUGGACGGGGACUUUCCAGAAUAGGAGCAAUCAGUAAAAUCAAAAUGGGACGCAUAUUUCUCGAGCAUAUAGGAGGAACACGACUGUUUUCCUGUGCUACCUGCUAUACCGUUCUCACAAAUCGCACGGAACUGAUUUCCACUCGCUUCACUGGAGCGACAGGGCGAGCUUUCCUCUUCAAGCGCGUGGUGAAUUUGACGUACAGUGAAGUACAAGACAGAGUGAUGUUGACUGGGCGUCACAUGGUUCGUGAUGUUUCCUGCAAAAAUUGCAGUGCGAAGCUCGGCUGGAUAUACGAAUUUGCCACAGAAGACAACCAGAGGUACAAGGAAGGCCGUGUCAUUCUGGAGAGAGCCCUCGUUACAGAAUCAGACGGCUUUGAGGAACAUAUAGGGGAUGAUUAAGGUGGUAACGAACACCGUCGCUCAAUUAUUCAGAACCCUCGACCAAACAAUCCCCUCAUGGGGAAUAGAUAUAAUCCUGUAAACUAUUUAAGUAUGCAUGGCAUAGGGUGUUGUUUCCUUCUCUCUCUCUCUUUUCUUUUUUUAUUUUUUCCCCCUUUGUACCCCCCCCGACUAUAUGAAUAUGAAUAUUACACGUGUUUCUCGAUAACAUGAAUGCUUUUACCUAGCAUUUGUAUUUAGGACUAACCUUCAUAACAGUUUCAAGUAUCUUUUUUUUUCUACUCCUUAAUUUUAUUGUUUUGUCACUGUUUGAUCUCACUGUCUAUCUCCCUUCUCUGAUUCAUGAAUUCUUUUUCGUUUUAGAUUCUUUUUUUUUUUUUUAUAUGCUAUGAACGGUAGAGUUCAUUCCCAGUUUUAGCCCAAGUGAUAGAGGUUAGAAUAUCCUAAGACUUGGCACAAACUGUUAUUCCUGUGAUAUAUUUAAGGAUUGUAACAAAGAUAUAAUGUUUUGUAGUUGCUUGUGUGCUUAUAUGUCAUGGAAUUUACCUUUUUUUUUUUUUUCAAGUUAAUCUUAAAUAACCAGGCCAUCAUUUCUUUAGUUCUAGCUCAUUAAAAAAAAAUGGUUCUUUAUUUUAAAAAAGGAAGAAAGAACAAAGAAAGGGUGUUCUUCAUUAUAUGUAGUUAUGUUAUUUGUUCAUUUAUUUCCACAUACUCUAAAAAAAAAUAAAAAUAAAAAGUAUGUGAAUAAUGUUAUAAAAGGAAAGAUAAUAUUUGAAACCUGUAAAAAUAGAUUCUUAUUUUUGACAGUGAAAUCAGUCAUUUUGUUUUAAUAGAUUCAAACCUUACACUAUCUUGUAUUUUGUGAUAAAAGGUCCUUUAAAAUGAUACUCAACGUACUUCUAACUGCCCCGUCACUUCAUAUAGCUGAUUUAGGCAUGAACAAAUCAUUACUCUUCAGGGAAAUUUUUUUUAUGAUUAGAUAACUCUUAUGAUCAGCUAGUCUCUCAGGAGGAGUUCAAUAAUGAUUAACAAAAAGCAUAGCCUACCUGUUGUAGUUCCAAAUGGUAUGAGGCCUUUUCUUCACAAAGUAUGUAUAGCCUGAGUCUGUUUUUAAUUUUGUUUUUUGAUGAUAAAAGUUCAAUAGAUGAAUUAAUGACUAGAUGUGCAAUGUAUAUCUCGAAAAUGUUCACCGAAUAGGCUAGCAUUUGUGAAUAGGCUAGUGUUUCUCCCGUAUCAAUACCAGAGUGUAGAAUAGAGUAUUUCAACUAUAAUCUUUCAUCAUCUGACAAGUAGGAUUAUUUUGAGAAUAUAUGUACUUUUAUACUAAGCAUAAUUUAUUAGUGUAUCAGUGUAUAGUGAAGGCAUGAUAUUCACAGGUUAUCUGUAAGUUAAAGUCGACAGUUUUGCGUUCUUUACCGUGCAGGAAAUGUGAAGAUUAUUUUUUACGUAUUUCUUUAUUUAGGAAUUUACUGGUGCAUAUGUUGAAGUGUUAUUAUUUUAAGGGGUUUUAUUGAGAAAAAAAAAAAAAAAAUUAUAUACAUAUA